AUGGUUUUCCAAAAGAAAAAUUUUGAUGAAAAGUGUGCAGCACUUUAUUCAGCUAUAAUUUUAUUAAUAAUUGGUUGUAAUAAUGAAAGAAAAUAUUCAAUUCAUGUUGCUCUUCAUGGAUGUAAACAAAGUAAAUCACUUAUUAGUAAUGUAUUUGUUAAAAAAGCAGGUUGUUUGAAAGUUGCUGAAUUAAAUAAUAUAAUUGUAUUAUUUCCACAAGUCAUUCAAUCAACAUGA